AUGAAUUAUAAAAACAAUUAUGUAAUAAUUUUUUCUAUGAUAAUAGUAAACUUCUCAAGAUUCUUUGUAGAAAAUACUAAUUAUUUAAAAAGGAAGAAAACAAUUAUUUUAUAUGCAAAUAGAACAAAUGUUUAUUAUUAUAGAGGGUUAAACACGUUUGAAAAUACCCUCAAAAUACAGAAAUUAUUAAGAGGAUAUAGUAAACUAAAGAAAAGCAUAAUUCUUGAUAAAAACAAAUUUUAUAUAAAUAAAAGUUUAGAAGAAAAGUUUUUUGCCAAUAAUACUUUUGAGAUGAGCAAGGAUCAGCCGUUUGUGAUAUUUAUGCUUGGAGGCCCAGGUAGUGGAAAGGGAACACAAUGCAAAUUAAUUCAAGACAAAUUUGAUUUUAUUCAUAUUAGCGCAGGUGAAUGCUUACGGGAGUAUUUAAGGAGGUGUGAAAAUAACGAAGUAGAUAAGAAGCAUCAGUCCAUUGUAGAACAUUGCAUAAACAAUGGAGAAAUUGUGCCGGUACAUAUAACACUCGAAUUAAUGAAAAUAAAAAUGGAGAAUGAAAUUGAAAAAAAGAAAAAAAAAAAAGAGGAGAAGGGACAAUCUAAAAAAAGACAAGAAGAGGAAGAAUUAAGCCAAAAAAAACAAGAUAAAGAGGAGGAAAAAGAAGAAAAAAAAAAAAGCUUUUCAUUUAAAAUAUUGGAUGAAAACGUACUAUUAAAAAACAUAAAUAUCGAAGAAUAUAAUAAGAAAUUAAAAUAUGAAAAUUGUAUAUAUGAAAAUAAAGAAGUGUUAAAAAUAUUAAAAAAAAAUAAGAUUAAUGAAGAAGCAAAAUACAAAUUUAUAAUUGAUGGCUUUCCAAGGAAUUAUGAUAAUUUUGAUGGGUGGAUGAGUAUUAUUGGAAAUUACGCGUACGUUCACUUAUGUUUGUUUCUUUAUUGUGAUGAUGAUAAUAUGAUCGAAAGAUGCAUAAAUCGGGGUUUGAUCAGCGGAAGAGUGGAUGAUAACAUGGACACACUGAGAAAAAGAUUCGAAACACACAAGAAUAGUUGUAUUCCUGUAAUAAAUUUAUUUUAA